AUGAGCAAGGCAACGAGUGUUUACGCUGCCUUUGCAGCUCUGCUGGCUGCCGUUGAUGCCCGCAACUUACACCAGCCUAGAGCAACUGCUGCCUCUGGUUUCGACUUUGGUGGUUUCAGCCCCAAACCAACAAGCGCUCCCGAUUUCCCCUUCCAUCAAGCUCUUCAGCGCCGAGCAGGUUCAUCAUCCAGUCCUACCGUUGUCUAUGUUGCCCCUGAUGCCACCUGUGGUUUUAUUUCCGGUCUUCCGGGCGCGGGAUACACUUGUGGUGUUGGCGCAACUUGUGUUUUCUUCACCGCGUCUCAAUCGUCCCAAGCCCCAGGACGUGUUGCCUGCUGCAACUCAAACGAAUGUAAUGCCAGAAACGUCUGUAUCGAUUACAAUGGGUAUUUCAGCCAGAGCAAGUGCGAUAAUGGUUGUGCUGUUGAUACUUUCACUCUCAAAUGCACAAGCACAGAGGCUCCUUACUGCAAUACGAUUUCCUUCCCGGGAGACAUUAUGGACGUCUUCUGUAAUAAUGUGAACAUCACCGGCAUCCAGGCCGCAUUGACGACAUAUCGUGGCGAAUCCUCCAGGACGUUCCGCCCUCUCACGUUGACAGACAAUGAGGCUACUACUACCUCUGAUGAUUCCACUUCAACUAGUCCCACCCCUUCUUCUAGCCCAUCAGCUUCUGGCACCGGUGGCGGUAGUAACGGCGACGACAACAACGGAAGCAGCGGUGACAAUGACAAUGGUAGCAAAAACGGCGGCGGCUCCAAGAGCAACACUGGAGCUAUUGUUGGAGGAGUUGUCGGUGGUGUGGGUGGACUUGCUUUGAUCGGCCUUGCCGUCUUCUUCUUCCUCCGCCGUAGGAACUCAGCUGCCGCCGGACACGAGCCAGUGAGCCAGAACGCCCCUCCUCCUGUUGUUUAUCCCGCUCCCGGCAUGCAACAAAACCCCCAGGCCUACUAUGACCCCAAUGCCGCUGCUACGGGACAACAGCCAUAUCCGCCCAACCAGCAGUACGGACAGCAGGGAUUCUAUCCUCCCCACCCUUCGGUUUCACCCGACCAAUCUACGUCACCCACUGGAUCGCACAUUGAUCCUCGAUACAGCGUUGCUCCGUCAAGCACUAGCCCGGCUCCAUCUGGUGGCUACGUAGCUCCCGUGGCCGGAGGCUUCCAGCCCCACGAGAACGUGAUUCACGAGGCUCCGGCAGCUGGUUCAGACAACCAUCGUGGCGAAAUGCAUGAGCUCGCUUAG